CAUAUGAUAACGUUGCCUACUGAGCUGGACUCCUCCGUUUUGCAGAUCCAUCACACAUUCACUUUGUCCGCCAUGGCUUCUGUUGUGAUUAAUUGGCCUCAUUUUUAAUCAUCUUUCCUAAUUGUAAAUCCAAACACUGUGUACUUGGCUGUGUAGCUCUGUGUUUAGCAACAACAGAAGUUUAUCAUAUUAGCAAUGCUUACAUCAGUAAUUUUUUACUUUUCAUUUGCCAGAAUAUCAAAUAAUAACCAAUGCCGGUGCAAUUCGUUUUGCUGCACUGGUAAGCUAAAAAAAACCCUCCCAACCUCUUCGUGAAGCUGUUUGUGUUUAUGCUGGCGUGUGUGUGUGUGUGGAACGCGUGUCUGGCAGUGACCCAGGGCUGGCGUAGUUACUGCCGGUUCCCACACCAUGUGACCACGUGAGGUGUCAGCCUGCUAUUUGUUAGCGGGGGUACAUGCCUCCGAGGGUCCUUUUUCUAACCCUGGGUCAGACCCCCUGCCGCUAGACCCGGCCCUCAGCCUCUAUUAAACAUCCUCACUCACGUUGGCACCACGUUAGUGUAUGAGGAACGCCGGUGGAGCGAACAGCGAGGGCUCGUACACACGGGGACGACGAGGAAUUGUUUGUAUAGUUGAGGAGGAAACAGUACGUGAGUACGCCACUCCUUAAAGACCCGCCAGGGAGUGAAGGAUCGCAGCUCUGCUCACAAAGAACCUGGAGCUCCCUAAGACCUGGGUCCUCGUGUAGUUCUGGUUCUGCUUCAAGGUGAUCUUGCCCGCGCUAGGUCACCGGUCGGAUCUCGGGAAGAACAUAAAGACUUCAGAGCUGUCAAAUUCUUUGGUACUCUCUUGAGUCUCUUCCGACUUAGGUUGCCUCAGAUACUUCUGAAUGCCCGGAUACUAAACAGUUCCAAAUACUACUUUGCAACUUGAGAAGAUAAUAAUAAUAAUAAUAAUAAUAAUAAUAAUAAUAAUAAUAAUAAUAAUAAUAAUAAUAAUAAUAAUAAUAAUAAUAAUUAAUAACAAAAAUAUAUAAAAAAAUAAUAAUAAUAUAUUUAAUUUGUAGAGCACUUUACAUUCAGAAAUCUUAGACUUAAAGGAAGACUUAGGAAAUCGCGGAGACUUCGAUCCCGCGAAGACUUUGGAACUCACAAAGACCUCGCAAAAAAAGACUUCAGUUGAGAUCUUUGUGUCAAAGGGCAUCUUCGCUCCGCAGCGUUUUAGGAAGAGGAAGGGAGUGAGUGCCGAGAUGCUUCUGGCCGCGUUGAGGGGCAUCGGCAAGCAGCUCCUGAGGGUCAAGGUGGUGGACUGCAACGCCGAGGACAGCCGCCUGGCCCGAUGCCUCAACACCUUCGACCUGGUGGCCCUGGGCGUGGGCAGCACGCUGGGCGCCGGCGUCUACGUGCUGGCGGGCGCCGUGGCGCGAGACAACUCGGGACCGGCCAUCGUCCUGUCCUUCCUCAUCGCCGCCAUGGCGUCCGUCCUGGCCGGCUUGUGCUACGCCGAGUUCGGCGCUCGAGUCCCCAAGACGGGCUCCGCCUACCUGUACAGCUACGUGACGGUCGGGGAGCUCUGGGCCUUCAUCACAGGCUGGAACCUCAUCUUGUCCUACAUCAUCGGAACUUCUAGCGUGGCCAGAGCGUGGAGUGCCACGUUCGACGAGCUGAUUGGCCGACACAUCGGGGACUUCUGCAAGCUCUACAUGCCGAUGAACGCCCCAGGGAUCCUGGCCGAUUACCCAGACAUCUUCGCUGUUUUCAUCAUCAUCAUCCUCACAGGACUGCUGGCGUUUGGGGUGAAGGAGUCGGCGAUGGUGACCAAGGUGUUCACCUGUGUGAACAUACUGGUGCUGCUGUUCGUGGUCAUCUCUGGUCUGGUGAAGGGGUCCGUGAAGAACUGGCAGGUGGACCCCUAUGAGGUCCUCAACAGCAGCACCGGCCUCAACGUGUCCGACCUGCUGCCGCUGAAGGAGAGCCUGGGUCAGGGGGGCUUCAUGCCCUUUGGGUUCACCGGGGUUCUGUCCGGCGCGGCCACCUGCUUCUACGCCUUCAUCGGCUUCGACUGCAUCGCCACCACAGGGGAGGAGGUGAAGAACCCGCAGCGGGCCAUCCCCAUCGGCAUCGUGUCCUCGCUGCUCAUCUGCUUCGUGACGUACUUCUGCGUGUCGGCGGCCCUCACGCUCAUGAUGCCCUACUACCUGCUGGACGAGAGCAGCCCUCUGCCCGUGGCCUUCUCCUACGUGGGCUGGGCGGGCGCCAACUACGCUGUUGCCAUCGGAUCCCUGUGUGCCCUGUCCACCAGUCUGCUGGGCUCGAUGUUCCCCAUGCCCAGGGUGAUCUGGGCUAUGGCUGAGGACGGCCUGCUCUUCAAGGGUCUGGCCCAGAUCAGCAGCCGGACCAAAACACCCCUCAUCGCCACCCUAGCUUCCGGCAUCGUGGCAGCUGUGAUGGCCUUCCUGUUUGACCUGAAGGAUCUGGUGGACCUCAUGUCCAUAGGAACCCUGCUGGCCUACACACUGGUGGCGGCCUGCGUGCUGGUGCUCAGGUAUCAACCGGAGCAGCCCAGCCGGGCCUACGAGGCGACCAACACCCAGGACGACAUGUACGGGCUGGACCCGCAGGGCGAGGUGAGCGAGGGCUUCCUCCCGCGGACGGAGGAGCGCUUCACCCUGAGGAACCUCCUGUUCCCCACCAACACCGAGCCCACCGCGCUGUCCGGCUUCACCGUCAACGUCUGCACCAGCACCCUCGGUGUUCUGGUGUUAGUCUUCUGUGUUAUUGCCGUACAUGGAGGUUUCGCCAGCUGGUCUCUGUCGCUGCUGGGCAUUAUCUUCUUGCUGUGUCUCACCAUCACCCUGAUAGUGUGGAAGCAGGCACAGAGCAAGACCAAGCUAGCUUUUAAGGUUCCAUUCCUACCCUUCAUCCCAGUGGCCAGCAUGUUUAUUAACAUCUAUCUAAUGAUGCAGCUCGACAAGGGAACCUGGCUUCGCUUCUCCAUCUGGAUGGUCUUAGGGUUCGUCAUCUACUUCAGCUACGGGAUACGCAACAGUGCGGAGGCCGUGUUGACGAGAGCUAGCGGGGCCGGCUACAAACCGGCGUGCUCGCUCAGCGAACACCCCGUGUCCUUCGAGAAGGAGAUGUUCCUCAACAACCGACCCCAUGCCCCCGAAGACGACGACGACGAAGAAGAUUCAUGAUUCUCAAGGUUUUGUUAAUUGGCCUAGAAGUUGUGUUGCUAAGAUGGAAUUAGCAUGGAUCAUGGAAAAGUUAAUUAACACCUGACCUAUUCAGAAGCACUAAUUUAAACAUUGGCAAAGCAUUGAAAUCGGUACUUUGUGCACUACUAUGGCCCUCCUGAUCAGUACAAAAAUGCUUGAACAUAUGCCUUUUUAUUACUAAAAAUAACUAAAUGGUUUGGUCGAUUAGAAAUUAAUUGCAGUUUGCUAAAAAAUGUAUUCACAGACACUCUUUUCUCUGGAGUGCCUUUUACAUGCAAACGGAACAAGCCUGUAAGGGGCACAUUCAACUCUCCCACCGUCCUGUGUGUGGGCUCCGAAUUCACCAACCUUAAAUCCCAAAGUUUGUUUAUAUCUACAAAGUCGUUCAAUCGUUCAAACAGGGCGCCCGCAAGGACCACAUGACACCCGCAGGCCUGUUCUUAAUAAGCACAACUCAUUCUUGAACAACUCUUUCCCACCUUUUUUAAGUCAUUGUUGAUAAUUAUUGGGAGAAAUCAGUAACAUGAUCAGUGUCUUCACAUAGAUGAGUAUCAUUAAUAAUAAUAUGUAACUAAAGGCAAGCUGAGCGAAUUUGUUAUUUCAGAAGAGUGUAUAGAACUGGGUGCCCUUUGUUUGACUCGGUACCCGUGAAGUAGCUCUCAGGUUCAAAAAGGUUGGUGACCCCUGGUUUAGUAUCUCACGCUUGUCAGCCACCAGGGGUUCAUGGGUGCUUGUGUGUUUGUUCCUCCGAGGUCGGUUUCUGGAACUUGGUCUCUCCCAGGUGGCGUCGUAAAAAAACAACUGCCUCCCGGAGGAAUUGUGACUCGGAAGACAGCUGGCGUCCAUUUUUAAACCCAGUCAGCUGAUCAUGAGCUGAGUUUAACGAUGCCAUGCAUGUCCAUCGGGCUCCACAUGUCGUAUUAAAAUAACAUGCUCAACCGCAGGACACGGAACACAACACAAAUUUGGCUAAAGAAAAACCUUUCUGAUGACCAUUCAGUCGGCUGGAACCAUUUUUAUAUUCCGGUUCUAGUAUGUUUUACUAUUUAGUCAGUUAACAGACCCUUUGAUGCAAAAGGAAUAGCACAAGUUUUGGUGGAUAUCCAUCAUGAGUUCUCUGCAGCUGCCCUGUCAUUUACCUGAAUGUAUUGCUUGCACUGUAUAUACAGUACGUUGUACCGAGCCGUAACUGGAUCAUGUUACUGAAUGAGAAGAUGUCAGCGAGAAGGCACUGUACAUUGAAAGCGCACACGCAACUGGAAUCGGUCAUUGUUGGGAAUCUCUGAGUAGUCCAACACAGGACUGUUGGUGCUUUGGUCAGUGGGCGUCAGAACCGGCUCAUAUAUUAUUAUUAAAUACUAAGCAUCAAAUGCACUAUGAUUCUAUCCCCGGGUUUCGCCUAUUGAUCCGUGCCAAACGACGGUUGAUAUUAGAUUGGGGCAUUUUCUGUGUUCUCUGUUGAUGAGCCAAAAGUGUUUGGGCUACUUGGAUUUAUUUGAAACUACAGAGGUGGUUUUUCAGAUCAGAGUUAAGAGUUAAUAAGUACCCUCAGUGGGUAUUAUAAAUUAAUGCAAUCAAGGGUCGCCCUACAUGUAAUUGUAACCAUUAUUUCAGAAAUGCUGUAUAUAUUGUACAUUUAAAAUGCUUUUAUUUGAAUUCUUGCAGUUUGAGUCGAAAAAUUGGGAUAUAUAAGAAAUGCUUUGGCCGUUUUUCUUGCUAUUUAUGUGUUCCUUUCAUUAUGCCUGUUUCUUUUGAUCACAAAAAAGGCUGCUCAUUCAUAGCUAGAAAUAAUGGCUCAUGGAUAAAUAGGCUAUUUAUAAGCUUAUCGGUACACUAACCAAAGAAUAGUUCUAGUCGAUAUGUCUUUCAGGUGCUUUUAUCAGUCUAUUUUGUUGUGUUUACUAUGGGGCUGUUAAACAACACUUUUUUCCAGUGUAGUUUAUCUAGUGGUGUUAUUGAAUGUAUAAAGAUUACCAUAAAAGAUACUGUAUGAUUUUUUAAACAUCUGGGAGAAGUUUUCUAUGAUGUUUCAGGGAAACAUUCAGCAAAUGCAUCUUCACGUCAAAUGUGCAGCCAAAAAACUGCAUCAACAGGAUGGUUGUUCGUUUUAUAUCUGUUACAAGUUUCAAAUCGUUUAUCAGACUAACUGACAUAGCCUACUGACAUUGUUUUCAUAUUACGACAGAUCUUAUUUCAUCCGUCCAUUGUUGUUGAAUUCUGUAUCAUCCUUUCAAAGCUUUCUGGUUACGAUGUCUGUAAAUAAAUGUUACCAUUUUAAAAGUUCUGUGUACAU